AGUAGGCGGUACGUGCUGCUACCUGAAGCACACAGUAGUUGCAUCCCGCGUACGAAUAACUGUGAAAGACAAGCUGUGAUUUUUUUUUCUCGACAUGCACGGUCCAGAAACGGGAUGGUUCACCCGUUUUUGUGACUUUACUCUUACUCUUUGGACUUAUACUACCAUGAAGCCCUGAGAGUUAGCUGGAAUAUAUUUACAAUUACUAAAUUGGAUUUACCAUGGCGGAGAAAGUGAUUAAAGUUGGGAAUUCAGCGGGCAAACCCGUGCCCAUGAAGCUGUUCGCGACAUGGGAAGUCGAAAGGACCUCGCCCAACUGUAUCCCGAGGUUGUGUAGCUUGCGGCUGACACGGCUAGUGGUACACAAAGCUUUAGAGAGUGAUCUCAAUUCUAUCAUUAUAGCUGUCAGAAUGCAAAGUUCCAAGAGGACAUUGCGAUCUAACGAAAUAUUUUUGCAGCAUGGCAAAAUUCUGGACACAGUACUGGAUCUGUCAUUUUCAUUACAGUAUCCUCAUUUUCUGAAGCGUGAUGGAAACAAGCUCAGGAUCAUGCUUCAGAGGCGGAAGCGUUACAAGAACAGGACGAUACUGGGCUACAAGACGUUAGCUGUGGGACUCAUCAAUAUGUCAGAGGUGCUACAACAAUCAAAAGACAAUGAGCUGAGUCUGUAUGGGAAGGAGCAUGGCAUGGCCAGGGAUAAGGUGGCUCAGGUCACCGUUCUAGGACUGUCCAGCCAGCCAGUGGACCAGGUCAAGAGAGGUAGGACAUGUUUAUAUUCUUUUGCAAAGUACAAUAUGUCCCUGGUACGGGGCUCUAGGUCCAGUCAGUUGGUGGGUCUGUUCAAGAUCUAUAGGUGCAACAGGACACAGUGGUUUUUUUUCUUUUUUCUUCUAAACUACUGUAUAGCCAUGGUUUAUGAGGUCUGACUCCUUUGAGCCCCCUAGACUAUCCAGUUAACCUGUAG